AUGGCGGCGGGGCCUGUUUGUCGUUCCCGUGAGACCCUGGUGGGAGAGGCCGUUUUGAAGGGCUCCCCGGCGCAGGAAGGCAGCGGGGAGGAAAAGGGCCAGAGAUCCCCCCACAGGAGGGUCUCCAAAGCCAUCCCAGGGUGCUCUGAGGAGGAAAGAGCCAGCCUGUGCCAGGAACGCGGCCGGAGCUUGAGCCAGAGCUCCAACCUGGUGGUCCCUGAGCAGCCUCCCAGCAGGAAGAAGCCCUUCAGGUGCUUGGAGUGUGGGAAGAGCUUCAGGAACAGCUCCAACCUACUCAGCCACCAGCACAUCCACACUGGGGAACGGCCCUACACGUGUGGGGAAUGUGGGAUGAGCUUCAGGAACAGCUCCACUCUCCUCACCCACCAGCGCAUCCACACCGGUGAACGGCCCUACACGUGUGGGGAAUGUGGGAUGAGCUUCAGGAACAGCUCCACUCUCCUCACCCACCAGCGCAUCCACACCGGUGAACGGCCCUACACAUGUAGGGAAUGUGGGAAGAGGUUCAGGAACAACUCUAACCUGAUCCAACACCAGCACGUCCACGCUGGGGCACGGCCCUAUGUAUGUCGGGAAUGUGGGAAGAGCUUUAGGCAGAUCUCCCACCUUCUCAAGCACCAGCACAUCCACACUGGGGAACGGCCCUACAAGUGCUUGGAGUGUGGGAAGAUGUUUCAGACCAGCCCAGAUCUCCUCCUGCACCACCGGACGCACACGGAUGAGAUGCCCUUCCGCUGCACCGAUUGUGGGAAGGGCUUCCGGCAGAACUCCCACCUUGUCAGACACCGGCGCAUUCACACCGGGGAGAGGCCCUACAAGUGUGGGGAGUGUGGGAAGAGCUUCACCCAGAGCGGUAACUUGACCACACACCAACGGACCCACCGGUAAGGGAAACCCCUGAGUGCCCCGACUGCAGGAAGAGCUUCAGGCUUCAGUCGAUGCUUCCACCCUCAAUGAACCCACUGAUUGGGAGGCAACCCCUGGAGUCCAGUGACUGUCAGUCCAUCCCUUUUGACCAGAAAGGGCCAGUCCCC